ACUGGAGGGUGUUGUUUCUUUUUGAUCUGGUAGUGGCUGGGGGAGGGAGUCCGGCCUGCGUGCCUUCCCCAGCGCUGGGAGCUGGAGAGACCCCCCCCCACCCGGGGGGCCUUGAGUGCCUCUCCCAGAAGGGAUCUGCGGCGUGCCUGGGGUCUCCUCUUUGUUCCGGGAGGGGUUCCGAGGUGGGGGGGGGGAUGAGCUGUGCUGGGCCCCUGCCCCCUUCUUCCUUCCUUGGGUUCAGCUUCGGAUGCAGGCCUUUGUUUGCUGUGGGAGGCCGGGCGGUGCAGGGGGCAGCGCCCGGCCUGGCGUUCCCCUCCUGAGCUCGGAUCUGGCCCAGGCACUAGCAGCGCGGCUUUGCCUCAGUUCCCUCAUCUGUCAAACGAUCUGGAGCAGGAAACGGCCACCUCUGCAGGUCUGAUCAGCAAGACCGUGUGACCUUGGACAAGUCCCUCCAGUGUGGCCGGGCCUUCCUCGAGAAAAGAGCCGAGAGGAGGAAGAAAGGAUGGCGUCUGUGCUCCUGGCAGCCAGGUCCCAGAAAUCAUUGACAUUCAAGGAUGUGGCUGUGGACUUCACCAAGGAGGAGUGGAGACAGCUGAACCCCUCUCAGAGAGAUAUGUACAGGGAUGUGAUGCUGGAGAACUAUAAGAACCUAGUCUUCCUGGGGCUUUUAGGUUCUCAGCCAGAUGUGAUCUCCCAACUGGAGAAAGGUGAAAUGCCGUGGAUGCCUGAGGGAGAAGUACCCAGAAGCCCUUGUCUAGAUUCUCUUAUUCAGAAUACUAGGCAUAAAAUCACAGAAUCAAUUCCGAAGCAUGCUGUUUCUCUGGGAGAAACAUCCAAAGAAAUACUCACAAAGGAUAGAUCUUGUAAUGCCAUAUUGGGAGAUGACUCGGAAUGUGAUGUUACGUUACAGAGGCAGAAGGGUAACCAGCAAAGAAAGUCUAAGAAAAUGACAGUCACCCAUGAAAGCAGCAUAUUUGGGAAAAGUCUCAGUUCAGCUUCAUUAUCUGUUCCACAGCAGAGAGCUGCCUCAGGAAAAAAUCUUCAUGGGUAUGGAGGAAGUGCAAAGACCUCUAAGCAGUAUUCAGGCAUUCUCAAGUGUCAUAAAAUCUCUGGCAAGAAACUUUCUAAAUCCAAUAAAUACAGGAAAUCCUUCAGUUACCAUUCAGAUCUUAUUCAAUAUCAUAGAAAACUUACUGGGAAAAAAACAUGUGAAUGUAGUGAGUGUGGCAAAGCCUUCAGCACCAGGUCGUCUCUUAAAGGACAUCUGAGGCUUCAUACUGGAGAGAGACCCUUUGUAUGCAGUGAGUGUGGGAAAGCCUUCAUUCAGAGGGCAAAACUGAAUGUACAUAAGAGAAUUCAUACUGGAGAGAAACCCUUUGUUUGUCAUGAGUGUGGAAAAGCUUUCAGAUACUCAAUAAGUCUUACUGAACAUAAGAGAAUUCACACAGGAGAGAAACCUUUUGAAUGUAAAGAAUGUGGGAAAGCCUUCAGGCAGAGCUCAGCACUUAGGAGGCAUCAGAUAAUUCAUACUGGGGAGAAACCCUUUGUUUGUAAUCUAUGUGGGAAAGCCUUCAUAGAGAGUGGAAAACUUACUGCACAUAAGAGAAUUCACACAGGUGAGAAGCCCUUUCAGUGUAAAGAAUGUGGGAAGACCUUUAGCUACAUCUCAUCCCUUAGAGAUCAUUGUAGGUUUCAUACUGGAGAAAAUAGACAUGAAUGUAAUGAAUGUGGGAAAUCUUUCAGUAGAAGCACUUCACUUAAAGGCCACCAAAAAAUUCAUACAGGUGAGAAACCCUAUGUGUGCAAUGAGUGUGGGAAAGCUUUCAUAGAGAAAGUAAGACUUACUGAACAUAAAAGAAUUCAUACUGGAGAGAAACCCUUUGAAUGCAAUGAAUGUGGAAAAGCCUUCAGCCACAGCUCAUCCCUUAGAUAUCAUCGGAGACUUCAUACUGGAGAGAAACGAUACAAAUGCAAUGAGUGUGGGAAAUGCUUCAGUGCAAGUUCAACACUUAGAAAGCAUCAGAGAACUCAUACUGGAGAGAAACCCUUUUCCUGUACUGAGUGUGGGAAAGCCUUCAUAGAGCGAGGGAGACUUACAGAACAUAUGAGAAUUCAUACUGGAGAGAAACCUUUUGAAUGUAAUGAAUGUGGAAAGGCCUUUAGCUAUACCACUAGUCUUACUGAACAUCAGAGAAUUCAUACAGGAGAGAAACCUUUUGAAUGUAGUGAAUGUGGAAAAGCCUUCAGCCAAAGCUCAACACUUAGGACACAUCAAUUAACACAUACUGGAGAAAAGUCUUUUGAAUGUAAUGAAUGUAAGAAAGCCUUCAGUAGCCGAUCAUCCUUGAAACUUCAUUGGAGAAUUCAUACAGGAGAGAAAAAGUUUGAAUGUAGUGAAUGUGGGAAAUCCUUUAUCAGAAGCUCAUCGCUUAUGAAGCAUCAAAGGAUUCACACUGGAGAAAAACCAUUUGCAUGCAGUGAAUGUGGGAAAGCCUUCAUAGAGAGAGGAAGACUUAAUGAACAUAUGAGAAUUCAUACGGGAGAAAAACCCUUUGAAUGUCAUGAAUGUGGAAAAGCCUUUAGCUAUAUAGCAAGUCUUACUGAACACAAGAGAAUUCAUACUGGAGAGAAGCCUCUUGAAUGUAAUGUGUGUGGAAAAGCCUUCCGCCACAGGAUAGGUCUUACGGCUCAUAAGAGAAUUCAUACAGAAGAAAAGCCUUUUGAAUGUAAAGAAUGUGGGAAAGCCUUCAGUAACAGCUCAAACCUUAUGAUGCAUUGGAGACUUCAUACAGGAGAGAAACCCUUUAAAUGUAAUGAAUGUGGAAAAGCUUUCAGCAAUAGCUCAAACCUUAGGACACAUCAAAGACUUCAUACUGGAGAGAAACCUUUUGAUUGCAAUCAGUGUGGGAAAGCCUUCAGAGAGAAAAGACAACUUACUCUGCACAAGAGGAUUCAUACUGGAGAGAAACCUUUUGAAUGUAAUGAAUGUGGGAAAGCCUUCAGUUAUCCAACAAGUCUUACUGAACAUAAGAGAAUUCAUACUGGAGAGAAGCCCUUAGAAUGUAAUGAAUGUGGGAAAACCUUCAGUCACAGCUCAUCUUUUAGGAAUCAUAAGAAAUGUCAUAUUAAAGAAUAACAGUAUCUAUGAAACAAAUACGGGAAACUCCUAGUGACAACUCAUUCCUUUUGUACCUUCAGAAAAUUCAUGUUUUAGAGAAUGGGAAGGUAACCUGUGGGAAUUUAUUCAGCAAUAGCACAUCAUUUAAGACAACUCAGAGAACUUACAGAAUCACCAAAACUAUAGAGUUUUGAGGGAACUUGGCGAUCACAGUCUAUCUCAUACCAGUAGAAUGUAAAGUACUUGAGGACAAGGACUAUUUGAAUUUUUUUUUUGUCUCUGGUUACCUAGCACAGAAUCUGGCAUGUGGCAACAAAUGCUGCCUAAGCAAGAAUCUACUAUACCAUAUGCCUGAAAAGUGGGCUGGAUGAUUUGCUUGAAAAUUGCUGGAAGCCAAAAUAGGUAGACCCAUUCAAAGCCCUUACUUUCACUCCAUCUAUAGAAUCCUAUGAUGAAAGAGUAUCUCUCAGGGACUCAAUUAAAACCAACGAGAGGGUUGGAAUGAGUGAUAUGGCAGAUAUAGCAACAUGGGUUUAAGAAAGCUUUUAUACUUUUUUCUUCUAUUUUUGCAUUUGAAAAAUAGAAGCCCAUGAGAUGAGACUUGUAGGGAGUUCAGAGUCAUGAACUUUCCCUGGAGAAAUACCUGUUAUGAAUAUAAGGCGAUUUGAUUGAAGAGAAUAUAGAAUAGCAUUUAAAAAAAAUGCUAACAGGAAGUGAUAACUGAACUUCAACAAUCCAAAGAUCUUCCCCUGUGGACAUAUGGAUCUUCCCCAAAGAAUUUGGUUGACUCUUAAUGACUUUCAAGCUUAGUUUCACAGAUGCUGGAAUUUUGAUGUGGACUUGAAAAAAGUAGCUGGAAUCAUUCUAUUAACAAAACAAGUAUUGGGGAUAGUUGUCUAAAGAGACACCUGGGUAUCUGCCUCCUGGCAAGUGAUUGUUGUGGAUACUUCUAUGAUUCCACAUUAAACCUAUUCUGUGUGUGUUGUGACACAUGCAUCUGAGUUUGUAGUUCAAAUAUAUGUAUGAAUCAGUGUAUUAAGAACUAAUUUAGCUUAGGAUUCAUUCUCCCUUUCUUUGCCAAGCUACUACCAAAUGCAAAAUACCUAGAAAGUUAUCAGCCUUUUAACUCUACAUAUGAGGAGGGAAGAGGGUUAACUACUUUUGCUGAAAGAAAAUUUCCAGAAAGUCAAGACAAUUGGAACUGUAGUCUCAGAAAUGUAUGGCCAUGUUUCUGUGAGCUGAGUACAAACACCCCUUUUCCUGUCUAACCAGGAAUUUUAAAGCUCUCUUCAGCACAAGAAUAGUCCAGUUGAACCUGAGAAAGGUAUUUUUAUUACUCAGUCUUAUCCUCCUUUACUUAUUUCAAAUGGCAGCAACCACUUCUCUCUAAUAUUCUAUCACUGUAUUGCUUACUAUUGGAAGUUAUUAUUAAAACUAAGUUUCUCAUAAAAGUAGUUAUUCAGUGAGCCAGUUCUCAGUUUGAUGAACCAUGAUUUGAUACUUCAUUGUGAAUCAAAUUAUCUCUUAACCGUGUGCUUAAUAAAUAUGCUUAAUAUUUUCAUAUAUUUUCGAAGAACAAUCUGUUAGAAUAUGCUGUUGAGCAAAAUCUUCCACGAUGCUCUGUUGUUAAAGAGAAAAGAUCCUAAGUUCAUAGGAAUUCUGUUUCUGAAGAUGUGUUUUGGCCUUCCUAACUAAGCAGGCAUAGACAAAAACAGCUUUACAGCUUUGGAGCAUUGCUUUUAGUGAGUUGUGUGUAUACAGAGCAAGCUCUGGAAUGCAGAAGUAGCAAAUAAAGAUACCUGACUAGAAGAACAAAAUUAGAAAAGAGCAGAGAAAUAGUAAGCAGUACCAAGAUCAGAGUAGGUUAAGACCAUGAUAGAUAAUAUGAAGAUAUGGAUUGAAUCUGAUUUCAUUGAUCCAGAACUUCACAUGAGAGAAUUUACUGUAUCAUUUCAGGUGGGCACCUUUGAACAUUGCCUAGAGUUCUGAGAAGUAAAAUGAUUUUCCAUGGGGGUAGGGUGGGGUUUACAGCCAAUAUAAUCAGAGGUGAAAUUUCAGCUUGGAUCUUCCUGAUUCAAAGGUUAGUUCUACCUACUCUGCUAUAUCCUGCCUGGAUAAGAUAAACCAUUUUAGAAAACUGGACCAAUACAACAACUUUGUCAGUCUAGAAGUUUCACCCAGCAGCUUAAUUACUUGAUGAUUGAAUCUUUGUAAAGUCUGAAGUUCUACAUCAAUGACAGAUGUUAUUGUGUUACUCUUUUCCCCCUUGCUUGCAGAAGAGCUUUCCUGUAGCUACUAAGUGACAAAUGUUUAAACUUAACGGAUUCAACUCACCUAAUUGAAUGAAUAGAUAAUAAGCUUUUGUUUUUGUUUUUGUAUUUUUGUUUUGCUUUUAGGCAAUUGGGGUUAAGUGAUUUGCCCAGGGUCA